UUUCUUCGCAUCCAAUCGGCUCUGAUCGCUUCCGCCCACUCCGUGCUGGAAAGGAUCUGGCCGUGUUAUCCUGCCCGCCCUAAAAUUCCCACAAUCUUUCCCUCGAGAAACCGAAGUGCGUGUUUUGUGAGUGUGUAAAGGCUCCGUCCGAAGCAGUUUACCACAAAAGCUGUGCUUUUCAGUGAACCCAACAACAACCCGAAAAUGUUCAGAUUUGUGCUCCUAUCAACGCUGCUGGUCGCCGCGACGGCCCAGUACAACGGUGGCUACCACCGCGACCCGAAGACGGCCGCCAUCCUGAGCGAGCAGCGGUACCAGUCCGGGGACGGCAAGUUCGGUGCCGCCUACACGCAGGAGGACGGUACGGACUUCAAGGAGGAGACGGACGAGCAAGGUAACCGCCGCGGCUCGUACAGCUACGUCGACCCGACCGGCCAGCGACGCACCAUCUCCUACGUGGCGGGCAAGAAUGGCUUCCAGGCGUCCGGUGACCAUCUGCCGGUAGCGCCGCCAGCACCGCCACAGCCGGCCCCGCAGCCCCAGUACCAGCCGCAGCCGCAGUAUCAGCCGCAGCCGCAGUACAACGGUGGCCGCAGCUACGACGACGACGGCCAGUACGAUCCGCGCUGGAACGACCCCAACUUCAGCCAGAACCAGUACUCGGCCCCGGCCCCUGCCCCUGCCCCGGCCCCGGUCCACAACUACCAUGCUGCCCCGGUGGCUCCGGUCGCGCCCGUGCCCCAGUACAACCAGCACAACUACGCCCCGCAGCCCCAGGCGGCCCCGGCCUGGACUACUACGCCCGCACCGCACCGCUUCCAGCCGCCAGGCAAGCUGCAGCUGAACCGAACUCCGGACGGCUACAGCUACACCUUCAACAAGGUUUAGGGCGCUGAUCCUCAACGCCCCGAGACCCCGAACGCCACACGCACUCACUCGCACACACACACACCUACUGUGAAAGAGUGAGAGAGGGGGGAGGGGGAGCUGCAACUGGAGAGUGAGAAGUUCCUCAACUUCCAGCUCCGCUGCCCCUCUUUAACUUUUCUUCCCAACCAACCACUCCGCCCUUCCAAACUAUCUCCAGAAGAAGCACAAUAUCUGCCACCAGGAUUUCCGAUGGCCUAGUUUUACCCCAAAGUCCUCCAGGGGAAGGUUUGCGCCUGUCCCGAAAUUCUCUCCACUACCCUUUUCACUCUUCUACUCUUUCCGUCCACUAAGUGAGUAUGUGUGAGUGCGCGCGCGUGUGUGUGUAUGUGUAGGAGAGAGUGUUAUGUUAGCCGUUAGCCGAAGUAAGCGUUACUUUGCCUGUUGUGAUAUGUAAGCGUUUGUAAAUCGUAGAAUGUCCUUACUACCACCCUUGCCCAACUCUCCCCCCCUCUCCUUCCAUCCCAUCUCUUUUCAACUCCCAAUGUCCUUUCCUGGAUUCUUCUCGCCUUUCUUCGCUCCUUCACGGCCUUGCCGCGGUGGCGGGGAAAGCGAACGAGAACCCGGUUUAGCUUUUGCCGUUUUGGUACAGCGUGUGUCAAGUUAGCGUUGGCUGUUUGCCCCGCAGGCGGAAGGAUUUGUGGCAGCAGCAGCAGCAGCAGAUGCUGCACGGUUGCACGGACCCGCCUAACCGUGGAUUGCAAACCGGG